AGGAAGGUUGGGGCAACCCCGCCUGGGAGGCUCCUGCUGGCAGGAUGGACGAGGAGGGCCCCGAGUGCGGCAAACCCGACUUUGUGCUUUUGGACCAAGUGACCAUGGAGGACUUCAUGGAGAACCUAAAACUCAGGUUCGAGAAGGGCCGCAUCUACACCUACAUCGGCGAGGUGCUGGUGUCAGUGAACCCCUACCAGGAGCUGCCCCUGUACGGGCCUGAGGCCAUCGCCAAGUACCAAGGCCGCGAGCUCUAUGAGCGGCCGCCGCACCUCUACGCCGUGGCCAACGCCGCCUACAGGGCGAUGAAGCGCCGCUCCAGGGACACCUGCAUUGUUAUCUCAGGGGAGAGCGGGGCAGGGAAGACAGAGGCCAGCAAGCACAUCAUGCAGUACAUUGCGGCCGUGACCAACCCCAGCCAAAGGGCCGAGGUGGACAGGGUCAAGGACGUGCUGCUCAAGUCCACGUGUAUGCUGGAGGCCUUUGGCAACGCGCGCACCAACCGCAACCACAACUCCAGCCGCUUUGGCAAGUACAUGGACAUCAACUUCGAUUUUAAAGGGGACCCCAUCGGGGGGCACAUCCACAGCUAUCUGCUGGAGAAGUCUAGAGUCCUUAAGCAGCACGUGGGCGAACGGAACUUCCACGCCUUCUACCAGGUGCUUCGGGGCUGUGAAGACACAGAGCUGCGGAACCUGCACCUGCAGAGGAACCCCGCGGUGUACAACUUCACCCGGCAGGGCGCAGGGCUCAAUGCCUUGGAGAGCGACGAGAGGAGCCACUACCUGGCCGUGAUGGAGGCCAUGCGGGUGAUCGGCUUCAGUGCUGAGGAAGUACGAUCUGUGCACCGGAUCCUGGCGGCCGUACUGCACCUGGGGAACAUCGAGUUCGUAGAGACGGAGGAGGCCGGGCUGGAGCAGGGGCACCUGGAGGUGGCUGAGGAGGAGCUGGUAGACCACGUGGCUGAGCUGACAGCCACGCCCCGGGAGUUGGUGCUGCGCUGCCUGCUCUCUCGCACAGUGGCCUCUGGAGGCAGGGACCUCAUUGAGAAGGGCCACACUGCUGCUGAGGCCAGCUACGCCCGGGACGCCUGUGCCAAGGCAGUGUACCAGCGGCUGUUUGAAUGGGUGGUGAGCCGGAUCAACAGUGUCAUGGAAACCCGGGACCGGGACCCCCGGCGAGAUGGCAAGGACACGGUCAUCGGUGUGCUGGAUAUCUACGGUUUUGAGGUGUUCCCUGUCAACAGCUUCGAGCAGCUGUGCAUCAACUACUGCAAUGAGAAGCUGCAGCAGCUCUUCAUCCAGCUCAUCCUAAAGCAGGAGCAGGAGGAGUACCAGCGCGAGGGCAUCACCUGGCAGACCGUAGACUACUUCAACAAUGCCACCAUCGUGGAGCUGGUGGAGCGGCCCCACCGGGGCGUGCUGGCCGUGCUGGACGAGGCCUGCAGCGCCGCGGGCACUAUCACCGACCGCAUCUUCCUGCAGAGCCUGGACACGCACCACCGCCACCACCCCCACUACACCAGCCGCCAGCUCUGCCCCACAGACAAGACCAUGGAGUUUGGCCGAGACUUCCGGAUCAAGCACUAUGCAGGGGACGUCACGUACUCAGUGGAGGGCUUCAUCGACAAGAACAGAGACCACCUCUUCCAAGACUUCAAGCGGCUGAUGUACAACAGCUCAGACCCCACCCUGAGGGCUAUGUGGCCGGAUGGGCAGCAGGACAUCACAGAGGUGACCAAGCGUCCCCUGACUGCGGGCACGCUCUUCAAGAACUCCAUGGUGGCUCUGGUGGAAAACCUGGCCUCCAAGGAGCCUUUCUAUGUCCGCUGCAUCAAGCCCAAUGAGGACAAGGUGGCUUCCAGGCUGGACGAGGACCACUGUCGCCAUCAGGUUGCGUACCUGGGGCUGCUGGAGAAUGUGCGGGUCCGGAGGGCGGGCUUCGCUUCCCGCCAGCCCUACCCCCGAUUCCUGCUCAGGUACAAGAUGACCUGUGAGUACACGUGGCCCAAUCACCUGCUGGGCUCUGACAAGGCAGCUGUGAGUGCCCUCCUGGAGCAGCACGGGCUGCAAGGGGACGUGGCCUUUGGCCACACCAAGCUCUUCAUCCGCUCACCUCAGACUUUGGUCACACUGGAGCAGAGCCGUGCUCGCCUUAUCCCCAUCAUCGUGCUGCUGCUGCAGAAGAUUUUGUUUACUUGAGAAAGAGCAGAGGGAGAGGGAGAGAGAAGCAGACUGCAUGCUGAGCAGGGAGCCUAAUGCAGGGCUCGAUCCCAGGACCCUGAGAUCAUGACCUGAACUGAAGGCAGAUGCUUAACCAACUGAGCCUAUUUUUUUUUUUUUUUUUGAGAUUGUAUUUAUUUGUUUGAGACAGGGAGUGUGUGUGGGUAAGCAGGGGGAGUGACAGAGGGAGAGGGAGAAACAGGCUCCCCGCUGAGCAAGGAGCCCAAUGCCGGGCUUGAUCCCACAGCCCUAAGAUCAGAACCUGAGCCGACACCACCUGAGCUCCCCAGGCGCCCCCUUCCUUUUCUCUUCCCUUCUUUUCUUUUCUUGUCUCAGAAAGAUCUCAGACCUAGAGAAAAGCACGCAGAACAGAGCACCGACUUCCCCCUCCUACUCCCAGCAUCAGCUGUGCUGCCCUGACCAGUGUGUGGUUUGAGUCAGACACCUGCAGCCCAUCCCAGUUAUUUUUCAGCAAAACAUGUCUUUAAAGACUUAUUUAUUCAUCUUAGAGGCCUCGAGCAUGUGAGCUGGGGCUGGGCUGAGGAGAAGGAGAGAAAACACCAAGCGGAUUCUCCGCUGAACACAGACUCAGGGGCUCGCUCUCAGGACCCUGAGAUCGUGACCUAAGCCGAAAUCAAGAGUCGGACACUUGACCGACCGAGCCCCACAGGCGCCCUGUCAAAUCAUUGUGUUUAGAGACAUUUUAGUAAGUAUUUCCAAAGGACAGGAAUUCCUCCAUCUCUUUUUAUUUUCAAUGUUUCAAACCGACUGAAAAGUCAGAGAUGCCUGUGAUGACUUACCAUCCACCCGGGUUGCUGCCGUGGUGCGCUCCCCCACCCCAGGUCUGUGUGUCCAUGUGUCUGUCCCCACACCCAUGUAUAGGUAUGUUUAUAUGAUCUCCUGAACCAUACCAGUAAUGAGGCCACUCCGUAUUUCAGCACACUCUCAAGGACAACUACGUUCCCUUUUCUGACCAUGCUGAGGUCAGCAGAUGAGAACCCUAACACCGACUAGACAGUCUACAUAUCUGAACAAUACGCAGUCCAUAUUCGAAUUUCCGCAGUGUCCCACUAUUACCCGUGGUGACCCCGCAUUUAGCUGUGACACAACACCAUGCCAUGGUCACAGAAGUGGGACUUGGGACACUCACACUGGGUCUUCGCAGCCCCACCAUUUCUAGGACCGACCGCACUGCCAUCCCGUCCCCGGUCUGAGUCAGGUUACUUACAUCUGCUUUCAUCUGUGGGUCCCCUGGGCUCCCUGCCGUAGGGUUUCCAGUCUGGGUUUUAAUGGUUGUAUUCUUGGGAUACCCCUCUAUGUCUGGGGCCUCUGGGGCCUCUAUGAGUUGGAGGUCAGACCUGGGCCAGCGUGGAUUCCAGGUGGACAGUUGGUAGCUGUCCCGGGUGAGGGGGAAUUGCCCCCGUCUGCGGGUGCCAGGCAGAAGGACAUGGAAUGGGGAGAGCCGCUCUCCCAGGAGUUAGGCAAAGACUGCAGCAGGGCUCUGUGCCCACCUGGGAAGCCACCCUGCAGCCAGGUGGAGGUGGCUCCCAGGAGUCAUGGGCAGAUCAGCCUGGCCCCGCGCCCCCCGCCCCAGGGUGGGGGAGGUGGGCCGUCCGCAGGGGUGGGGAGGGAGGGAAACAGGCGGGGAGGCGGGGCCUGGCCGAGACUGACGGAAAGCCCGGCUGGCCCCCAGGCCUGGCGUGGCACGCUGGCCAGGCAGCAUUGUCGGCGACUGCGGGCGGUCUACACCAUCAUGCGCUGGUUCCGGAGGCACAAGGUGCGCGCUCAUCUGGCAGAGCUGCAGCGGCGGUUCCAGGCGGCGAGGCAGCCCCC